UGCUGUAGUUGCUGAAGAGUUGAGCUCAGUCAAUGGAGUUCUAAUUUGAAUUGCUUGAGAGUAUUAACUACAAUCUUUUGUAUAUUUUUGUGUGCAAAACUGUGAUUUUUGUGAGAAUUAAAUUAAAUUAAAAUAAGUGAAAAUGACAUCAUAUACUGAUAAAGGACCCAAGCCGCAAUUCGGUAAAUUCCUUAGUUUCCAUCAUUUAACCUUUUACGUGGGUAAUGCCAAACAGGCAGCCAGCUUCUACACGACACGUUUUGGUUUUACGCAUGUAGGCUAUCGUGGCUUAGAGACAGGACAUCGUCGCCUAGCCCAACAUGCGGUCAAACAGAAUCGCAUCAUCUUCGUUUUUGUAUCUACCUACAAUGCCGAUGAUGCUGAGCAUGGUCAGCAUCUAACGAAACACGGCGAUGGUGUAAAGGAUGUGGCUUUUGAGGUAGAAAAUUUGGAAGCAAUUUUCAAAUACGCAAAGGAACGUGGUGCUGAAGUGGUGCGCGAAAUUUGGGAAGAAAAGGAUGAGUACGGCGUAGUGCGCUUUGCUACUAUAAAAACGUACGGUGACACAACACACACCUUUGUCGAUCGCACUAAAUAUAACGGUAAAUUUUUACCCGGCUUUUUAACACCGCCCGUCGACAAUCUUCUUCAAGGUUUGCCAGCUACAAAACUCGAUUUUAUCGAUCACGUUGUGGGUAAUCAACCUGAUUUACAAAUGGAGAGUGUAGCCGCUUGGUACGAACGUGUUCUGCAAUUUCAUCGCUUCUGGUCAGUGGACGAUUCGCAAAUACACACCGAUUAUUCAGCAUUACGUUCAAUUGUAAUGGCCAAUUAUGAGGAAAAUGUAAAGAUGCCCAUCAAUGAGCCGGCAAAGGGUAAGAAGAAGUCACAGAUUCAGGAGUAUGUGGAGUAUUAUGGUGGCGCUGGAGUGCAACAUAUUGCGCUCAAUACAAGCGAUAUUAUAACGGCAGUGCGCAACUUACGCGCUCGUGGCUUAGAAUUUCUCACAAUACCUAGUUCGUACUAUGAUAUUUUGGAGGAAAAUUUAAAAAACAGUCGCACCAAAAUCAAGGAGGACAUGCAGCUGCUUAAGGAACUGAAUAUUUUAAUAGAUUACGAUGAGGAUGGAUAUCUGUUGCAAAUAUUUUCCAAAAACCUGCAAGAUAGACCCACAUUAUUCAUUGAAGUCAUUCAGCGACACAAUCACAAUGGUUUCGGUGCCGGCAACUUUAAGUCACUCUUCACAGCUAUCGAAAUCGAACAAGCAAAACGUGGCAACUUAUAGAAUUUAAAAUACAUGUUAUGCCCUAGAAACAGAAACAUAUACAUACAUACAUUUAAUUACAAACUUAGUAAAAAACGUAUAUUUUAAGUCAUUAACAAUACAAUAAUAAUAUUAAAACUACCUAAGCGCCUUAAA